AUGGGAUACUUGUAUUCUCAGGAGUGUGUGUGGAACGGUGUGGAAGGAUGCUGUGCAGGGCUUUUUGUACCGGAAGUAGAAUCUCUGGUGACUUACAACAGGAACACAAUCAAGCUCUGGAUAUGCAGGGGCGGGCUUUUGCUUGUAAAAGAGCAUGUGCUGUUUGAGAGGAUAUGCCGGAUUGAGAAAUACGAGAUUUGCGAUGGGCAUGAUGGAAUAGUGAUUCUGUUUGAUAAGGCGAAGGUUUGUGUUGCCAGAUUUGAGCCUUGCACGAAUGCAUUUGAGACAGUAUCGUUGAAGUUUUUUGAAAGAGACGAGUAUGAUGCCAGGGAGGAGGACACAAGAAAUAUGCACGUAGCAAUGGAUGUGGGGAUGGUGCAGAUCAGCAAGAGGUACUUUGGGGUAUUUGGAGUGAGGCAGGGUGUUUUGAAUGCAAGGGCAUUCAGGUUUGCAGAUGUUGAUGCGAAGAUCAGGAAUCCGGUCGAUUUUGUGUUCAUAGGCAACUACUCGAUGCCUACGGUGUGUCUUGUGUAUGAGUCAUCGCCCAGGAAGUACACCAGUAUAAGAAAUCGGAAUGCGAUGAUUUUUUCGAUUGAUUUGAGCACGAGUGGAUUCCAUGUUGUGGAUGAGUUUGAUGUCCCGCCAAAGACAUUUAAGGUUGUGUAUACGGGAACAGCAAUAUUGUUUAUAUCGCAUAGCUCGAUUAUGAUAAGAACGCCAAGCAGCUCGUACACGCUUCCUGUGAACAGGAUGUCUGAGUGCUAUGGAAGCGACCGAAUUUUUGAAGAAGCCGUUUUGUUUGAAGUGAACUGUUUUGCAAAGGGAAGUGUGUGCCUGCUUUUGAAUGGGAAUGGAGACAGGUAUAAGCUGAGCAUUGAUAUGGAUAUGAAACGGAUUAUAGGUGCGUGUUUGAAGUUUGAUGGGAAGGACGCAACGAUCAGUGGAGUGUGUGAAGUGAAUGGCUUUGUGUUUUUUGGCUCUUUGGUGGAUGAGUCAAGGCUGUUUGUGGUGGAUGAGCACAGCAGGGAUGAUAAUGAGUUGACAGAAGCUGGUGGCGAAGACGACGAGUAUGCAAGACUUUUCAGCACCGAGGCAAACAAGAGAUUGAAGGAUGAUUUUGCACUGGAGCUGAUAGAUGUUAUGCCAAAUGUUGGAGGGCUGAAUGGAAUGGCGGUGAAGAGCAAUGGGGAGGUGGUUUUUGCAGUGGAGGGGCUGAAGCCAUGCCUGUGCAUUGUUAGUGGCACGAUUCCGUUUGAGAUAUUGAAGUCUGCCAAGGUGAGAAGAUACAGAUGCUGCAUGAAGGCAAUGGAGUAUUAUAUGCUUUCCAAGGAUUGUGAGAGUAAGGUAUUUCGAUGGGAUAGCGAGCUUGUUGAGGUUGAAGGAGAAUACGAAAGGCAUGUGGCUACGAUUGGGUUUGGAUGUCUUGGAAGGAAUAUUAUUCAAGCAAUGGCGGAUUCUUGCUUGCUUCUGGAUGGAGAUCUCAAGUCAGUCUGUAGGUUUGAUUUUGAUCGAGCCAUUGUUGAAAGCAAGAUUGUUUGUGGAGGAAAGGUUCUGGUUACGAGGAAUACAAAGCGAACGAUGAUUUGCUAUGAUGAAGGAAUGAAUGUUAUGAUGAGUGUUUGCGAAGUAGUGUGUUUCUGUGAUGUGGGAAGAGUAUUGUUUGUUGUAUUGGAUGCAGGAAUAAGUGUUUUUGAUUUAGAAAGGCACAGGCGAUACAUGGCUUGCAAGACGAGAGUGGGUGGAGUUAUAAGGAUGGUACCUGAUGCAGGAGUAACAGAGGAUGAACGAUGCAAAGAGAAUAAAGACACAAGUAGCCAUGUAGAUGCUGUAGAGACGUUUUGCUCGGAUGGCAUUGUUGAGAUUCAUGUUAAUCGUACAAAAAGAAAGAUGUUGAUGCUACUAAGAACAGAUAGAGGAGAGAUGAUAGCAUAUGAAGCAUUUGAUGAUGAGUGCAUGCAGCAUGAAACAGCACGGGAAGUUGUUUUCAAUAGGGUCAUCCUUCCAAAGUGUGUUUUUUUCAAGCUGGAUGAUAAUGAGAAAGGAUUCUAUGGAGUCGGAGAGAUGAUUUUUAUGAAGUCCACGGUCAAUAUGUUUCUUAUGGCAACAGACAAAGGAUAUUACAUGUACAGAAGUAAGCACUCGCUGAAUUCGAUAUGCAUGGAUGCAGGGCAGGUGAUACAUCUUUCGAGGGGGCAUUUGGUUGUGAUGAAUGCACCAAAGCCAGAAUGCGAGCAGUAUGUGUUUGGGAGUGGAUAUGUAGGCCGAAAGGUACCGGUGCUGAGAACGCCCAAGUAUGUUGAGAAUGCAAGAGGAUACACGAUUGUAGGCGCGUGUGAAGAGGCAGAGUUUCUUGCGGAUGAAGACAAGGACUAUGGUGUUCCAGUGACAACAUUCAGGUUCUAUAUUGAUUUGUAUUCUGAGAGAUAUGAAUGCAUAAGCACAUAUGGAUUGGAUGAGAACGAGCAUGUGUUUUAUGUGAGGUACUUGACGCUGGAUGACAGGCAAGGCAAUGAUGGAAAGUCCCAGUUUUUAGUAAUAUGCACAACAAUGAUAGAAGGAGAAGACAAGCCUGCAAAGGGGAGGCUGCAUGUGCUGGAGAUCAUUUCUGUUGUUCCUGAGCCUGAGAACCCGUUCAAGGACUGCAAGAUGAAGGUGCUUGGAAUUGAGAAGACCAAAGGAUCGAUUGUCCAAUGCGAAGAGAUACGUGGAAAGAUAGCGCUGUGCCUUGGAACAAAGAUAAUGAUAUACAGAAUUGAUAGGAGCAAAGGGAUCAUCCCUGUUGGGUUCUAUGAUCUGCAUAUAUUUACAUCAUCAAUUUCGGUGGCCAAGAACUACAUUCUUGCCUCUGACAUAUACCGAGGGCUCUCAUUCUUUUACCUGCAGUCAAGGCCUAUUCGGCUGCACCUGAUCAGUUCGAGCGGGCCUCUAAGGAAUGCUGUGAGCACGGAGUUUCUUGCAGUGGAUGGGGAGCUAUCGAUGCAGUGCAUCGAUGACAGGGGAACCAUUCACAUAUAUACGUACUCACCAAACAGCAUCAUAAGCAUGGACGGCACAAAGCUUGUGAAGCGAGCGGAGAUCACAACCAAGCUUGGAAGAUUAGUGUCCAAUUCUGUUGGAUUCAAGAAAAGCGGGACCAUGUUCUAUUCAAGAACGAAUAUUUUGAUACACAUAUGUGCAAUGGACGAAGGUAAGUACUCCCGGCUCCUAGAGUUGCAGUCAUUGAUUUUAAGCCGCUUACCGGUUCUGUUUGGACUCAAUCCAAGGGAUUACCUCAGUGCAGAUAUUCAUCUACAUGAACUGUCUCUUAAAGCUCCCAUAGUGCAUCAUGUUCUGAGCAUGUUUGAAUGCCUUGAUACAAAUAAUCAGCAUGAGGUUUCUAGCUUGAUGAAUUUGAGCAGGAUGGAGGUAAUUGAGCAGAUUGCAUCAUUAAAUAAGUUUUAA